AUGGCCUUGCCGCGAGAGUCGGCCUUUAUGCCGACCAUCAAGUGCUCACAAUGUGGAAAUGAGGUGGAAAUCUUUCUCAUGGGAGAGCACUUGUGCAAUGCUCCAGCAACUCCGGAAUGUAGGGCGCUUCGACCCGUAACAAUCCGUCCAGAAGCUGACAAGACGACAGUAUCUCCUCCCCUUGAGGCCCAAGAAACCUUUUCAAGCGUAUAUCAAGCCACGCGCACCAAAUACUUACGAACGCCACCUCCAGUAGAUACCGGAGCCGCAAACCGAUAUCUGAGCCAAGACCAGCUUACACCAGUCAGUCAUGCUAGCAGCUCCCGCGACACGUCGCCCAAAACGCCAAGUAGACGCUCCGAGGCAAGCAGGCGAUACAAUGAUGACUAUGCCCCCAAAAUCGCCAACACAGACGACGGACAGCGAUCCCCCCGCGGCUACGGCGCUCGCCCCGGAGGCUAUGGCGGCUUCGGCAGCCAGACACCAGAGCCAGAGAGCACCGAGGCGUCGGAGCCGCCACAAAAGGAAGCACCCGCAACAUCCUUCUUUCAGCGAGUGGGCGAGCUCGCUGGCGGGUACGGGGGGUUUGGUGCUCGACCUGCGGAGCCGGCUACGAAGCCGGCUGAGACGCCUGCGCCGGAGAAGCCAACCGAAGCACCAGUAGCGCCCGAGACUGCCAAGGAGGCACCCGGAUUCUUGCAACGUAUAAAUAAUUUAGCUGGUGCUGCAUUCGACGCCGGUCGUCGGCCGCCGGCAUCUGAAAGCCCUGUAUUGCCGGAGAGCCCUGUGCUGCCUGAGUUUGCUGCUGCUCCCGCGAGGAGCGAGCAGAAGCCUCCCUUGCGAAAGAAUGGCUACGGCGGUUUCAACAACUCGGCAUCUAGUGAGAAUGCCCCCCGAGGCAUGACGCGCGCAGAGACCUUCCCGCGCCCUUCCACCUCCAAUGAUACGACUGAAAGUUCGCCAUCAGGCCUCGGACCGCCAUCUGAUGUGCAGCGUCGCCCGUCAGCACCUUUGCCACGAAGCGGCGAUGUCAGUCGCAAACUGUCCAUGCGACCUGAUACAACGCGACGCCCGCCUCCCCGUACGAGUCUCAUCAAACACAGUGCUAGCAAUUCUUCGGUCGAUCUCGACAAGGAGUUUGGCGUCCGCAAUCCAUAUCACACCCCGACCGACUCAACGUCCUCCGGAUACUCCUCGCACAGCGACCACAGUAACCUGGCGUCGACCAAGAGCAACCCCGAUCGCUUCAUGCAGCGAAAUAACUCGGAACCCGUAGCCCGGCCUCGGCCCCCGCCCCCCCAGCAGGCGCCCAAGCCCGACAAUGACCCAGUGCCGCGACGCGCCGAGAGUGCGCGCCCCGAACUUCGCAUCGAUCCAGCCAUCCAGGCGCCCCGACGCGAGCCCGCGCGGGCUUUGGAAUCCCCCUACAGCGCGUCACCCCGUGAUGACCGCUACGAUCCGGCCAUCCAGUCCGGCAUCUCCGGCAGCGGCCGUAGCGCCAACCCCCGAUCCGAUCGCUACGGCGACAGCAUGAGGCCACCGCUAUCCGCACCGAUCCGCCAGAGCUCCCGCGACGGCCUGCAUACUCCCUCGUCGCGCGGCGACUGCAAGGCGUGCGGCGCGCCCAUCACCGGCAAGAGCAUCUCGUCGGCCGAUGGCCGCCUAACGGGCAAGUACCACAAGGCGUGCUUUACGUGCACGACGUGCGCGCGGCCCUUUUCCUCGGCCGUCUUCUACGUCCACCGCGACCGGCCCUACUGCGAAUCCCACUACCACAAGCUCAACGGCAGCCUGUGCGGCGCCUGCGACCGCGGCAUCGAGGGUGCAUACGUCGAGGACGAGGCCCGCGUUAAGUACCACGUCGGCUGCUUCCGUUGCCUCGACUGCGGCGUCUCCCUGUCGGACGGCUACUUUGAGGUCGACGGCAAGUCGUACUGCGAGCGCGACGCCUGGCGCCGUGUUGAGAGCGAGGCCGGCCCGCCGCUGUCGCCCGCUGCACUGCUCGACGUCCACCACGGCAGAAAAAUCAGCAGUAGCAGCCGCGGCAGCAGCAGCAGCAGCGGCAGUAGCAGCCAAGCAUUGCCGAAAGCGACAGCCCCGCUGCCCAAGAGUAGCAGUGGCGGCAGAGGCGGACUGGCCGGCCGCGGCGUGGGCGCCGGCAUGGAGAGAGGCCCGUACGGCGUGGCGCCACGUGGGCGCCUCAAUAAGCGCAUGACACGCCUCGGCGAGAUGUAG